CUCCCCGCCGAGGAGGGGAAGUCUCUCUGGGAACUGGUGUUGGAGCAGUUCAAGGAGCUGUUGGUGCGCAUCCUGGUGCUCGCCGCCUGCGUCUCGUUCGUCCUGGCCUGGUUUGAGGAGGAACAGACUUUGACGUCCUUUGUGGAGCCUCUGGUGAUUCUGAUGAUCCUGAUCCUCAACGCUCUGGUGGGGGUGUGGCAGGAGAGAAACGCAGAGAACGCGAUCGAGGCUCUAAAGGAAUAUGAGCCGGAAAUGGGCAAAGUGUAUCGUCUGGACAGGAAGGCUGUGCAGAGGAUCAAAGCCCGCAACAUCGUACCCGGAGACAUCGUGGAGAUCGCGGUCGGAGAUAAGGUUCCCGCUGACAUCAGGAUUAUAUCCAUCAAAUCGACCACCCUGCGUGUGGAUCAGUCCAUCCUGACCGGCGAGUCGGUCUCUGUCAUCAAACACACGGACCCUGUGCCAGACCCUCGAGCCGUCAAUCAGGACAAGAAAAACAUGUUGUUCUCGGGAACCAACAUCUCGUCGGGGAAAGCUGUGGGGGUGGUGAUCGCCACGGGCGUGCACAGCGAGAUCGGAAAGAUCCGGAACCAGAUGGCAGCCACGGAGCAGGAGCGCACGCCGCUGCAGCAGAAGCUGGACGAGUUUGGGCAGCAGCUGAGCAAAGUCAUCUCUCUGGUGUGUGUGGCCGUUUGGGUCAUCAACAUCGGGCACUUCAGUGACCCCGUGCACGGAGGCUCCUGGGUCCGCGGCGCCAUCUACUACUUCAAGAUCGCGGUGGCUCUGGCCGUGGCCGCCAUCCCCGAGGGUCUCCCCGCCGUCAUCACCACCUGCCUGGCCCUCGGCACCCGCCGCAUGGCCAAGAAAAACGCCAUCGUCCGCAGCCUGCCCUCCGUCGAGACCCUCGGCUGCACCUCCAUCAUCUGCUCCGACAAGACCGGCACCCUGACCACCAACCAGAUGUCCGUAUGCAAGAUGUUCGUGCUGGACCAGGUGGAGGGUGACAGCUGCACAAUGCACGAGUUCAACAUCACCGGAUCCACCUACGCCCCUGACGGCCACGUGGAGGUGGCGGGGAUCCGAGUGCGGCCUGGAGACUACAGCGGGCUGGUGGAGUUGGCCACCAUCUGCUCGCUGUGUAACGACUCCUCGCUGGAUUACAACGAGGCCAAGGGGAUCUAUGAGAAGGUGGGGGAGGCCACGGAGACGGCCCUGACCUGCCUGGUGGAGAAGAUGAACGUCUUCAACACGGAUCUGAGCGACAUAUCCAAGGUGGAGCGAGCCACCGCGUGUAACAAUAUUAUCAAACAGCUGAUGAAGAAAGAAGUGACUCUGGAAUUCUCCCGCGAUCGCAAGUCCAUGUCCGUCUUCUGCUCCCCCGCCAAUCCCUCGACCAGCGGGGCAGGCAACAAGAUGUUUGUCAAGGGGGCCCCGGAGAGUGUGAUCGAGCGCUGUACACAUGUGCGAGUGGGGACCACGAAGCUGGCCCUGACGGGGGGCGUGCGAGGGAAGAUCAUGGCUCUGAUCAAGGAGUGGGGUACAGGCCGGGACACCCUGCGCUGUCUGGCCCUCGCCACCCGCGACAGCCCCCCAAACAGGGACACCAUGGACCUGCAGGAUGCCACCAAGUUCAUCAAGUACGAGACUGACCUGACCUUUGUUGGCUGUGUGGGGAUGUUAGACCCUCCGCGGCAGGAGGUUGUCGGUUCCAUUGAGAUGUGCGCCAAGGCUGGGAUCCGGGUCAUCAUGAUCACCGGGGACAACAAGGGCACUGCGGUGGCCAUCUGCCGGCGCAUCGGGAUCUUCGGGGAGAACGAGGAGGUGACGGGGAAGGCCUACACCGGCCGAGAGUUUGACGACCUGUCGCCAGAGCAGCAGCGGGAAGCCUGUCGUUCCACUCGCUGCUUCGCCCGAGUCGAACCGGCUCACAAGUCCAAGAUUGUGGAGUAUCUGCAGUCCUUCAACGAGAUCACAGCCAUGACCGGUGACGGGGUGAACGAUGCCCCCGCCUUGAAGAAGGCUGAGAUCGGGAUCGCGAUGGGCUCGGGCACCGCAGUGGCCAAGACGGCCUCGGAGAUGGUGCUGUCCGACGACAACUUCUCCACCAUCGUGGCCGCGGUGGAGGAGGGUCGAGCCAUCUACAACAACAUGAAGCAAUUCAUCCGCUACCUCAUCUCCUCCAACGUGGGCGAGGUGGUGUGUAUUUUCUGCACGGCUAUCCUGGGUCUCCCCGAGGCCCUGAUCCCAGUACAGCUGCUGUGGGUGAACCUGGUGACGGACGGCCUCCCUGCCACCGCCCUGGGCUUCAACCCCCCCGACCUGGACAUCAUGAACAAGCCCCCCCGCAACCCCAAGGAGCCCCUCAUCAGCGGCUGGCUCUUCUUCCGCUACAUCGCCAUCGGAGGUUACGUGGGGCUGGGUACGGUGGGCGCUGCCAGCUGGUGGUUCAUGUACGACGUGGAUGGUCCUCAAGUCACCUUCAACCAGCUGAGACAUUUCAUGCAGUGCACACCCGACAACCUGCUCUUUGAAGGAGUUGACUGUCACGUCUUUGAUUCUCGCUACCCGACCACCAUGGCCCUGUCCGUGCUGGUGACUAUUGAGAUGUGCAACGCACUCAACAGCUUGUCCGAGAACCAGUCUCUGUUGCGGAUGCCCCCGUGGGUGAAUUUCUGGCUGCUGGCCAUCUGUCUGUCCAUGGUGCUGCACUUCCUCAUCCUCUACGUGGAGCCCCUGCCACUGAUUUUCCAGGUGCGGGCGCUGAGCAGUCACCAGUGGGUGAUGGUGCUGAAGAUCUCGCUGCCCGUCAUCCUGCUGGACGAGGCGCUCAAAUACGUGGCUCGGAACUACCUGGAGGAAGAAAAUGAUAAGAGGUACAUUAAGAGGCGGCAGCUGAAGUAGAGCGAGGGGCGAGCGAGCGAGCGGGCGGGCGGGCGGGCGGGGCUGGAAUCCCCUCGCCCCAAGCCCCAGGUCUGCCAGUCUCUGCAGGGAGUUGUGCGGGUUUUUAACGAUUGAAUCUUUUACCAGUUUUUAUAGCUUUUCCUGUACAUACGUGUGUGCGGUAACUGGAGGUCAGUCCGUCUGGCUGGCGUGUCUGUCACAGUGAACAGCUGACAGCAACUGUAACACUGAGAACAACCCCCUCCCCACACACGCACACACGCAACCCCCCCCACACACAC